AUGAAACCUGUUGGACCACCAUAUUCUCAUCAUUCGAAGGUCAGCAAGAGUUCUUCGAGCUCUAAUGCAGGCGAGGACAGCAUGAGUCAACUAAAGAGAUACGGGGAGGUAUUAAUAACGAAAGGGAGCAAGAAUCGCUUGAGAAUAGAAGCCUGUGCAUUUCCAAAGGACGAGAAAAGAUUCGGAGAUGGGUGCCCGCGAAUUCGUUCCGAGGGGAGACGAUCUGCUGUGCAUCUGUGCUGGCAUUUCACAGAGGGAGACCUGCAGAACAGUGAUCCUCAGGAUGUUGCCAUCGUCAAAGCAAUCUAUGAGAUUCUUCGAAUUCUGAAGACCGUGGAUUCGAAUGGAGAGAGGUCCAUGACAGAUGUAGCGGGAAUAGCAAGGCAGCCGUUCUUCCAUGCAGGACCGCACCUCGAUAACGCAACCGACUCCAUGGAUGUUCAGACGGACAACAAUCAGCCGUCUGAAAGUAGACCUGCACCUGAAAUUCAAGACUGUGCUACGGGUCCGGGUCCAAAGCCUUCCAGCAGAGACUCGAUAGGCUGCACGGAGAACUUCUGCGACGGAAGUCAUAUCCGACGGGAAGAACUGGAAGAGAGAUCGGUGAAGAGCACGAUCAAGUCUGAGACUGUGGAUCAUGGAAGCGAGGAAAGCAGAAGACGGGAUGCACGGCGCUCUCCGCACACCUCGCUGUCUAUUAUGACAGAAGAGAAAUGGACUAUCGGUUUCAGCGGGAAGAAACGCAAACGUAAACCUUCGGACUCCAGAUCAGAAUUCGACCCCUACACGAAAUUCAGAUCUUCAACGCGAGGGAUCAGAUCAGAAUUCGACCCCUACACGGUUCCCGAAGUCGACCACGUAUUCCAAGGUCCCGCAUGGAGCUCCGACGAUCAAAGGACGAGGGUGACCACCCUUCUCAACCAAUUCCGGUACCUUCGAAAGCUUUACAGGAUCGAGUACACCAAGAGAGGAGCCGUGGGUUUGAGGCCAGACACUAGGGCCGGCAACUACAUGAAGUCUAGAGGCUACACUCUGGUACUAGGCCGCCGAAUUAUUGGAGCGAUCCCGGGAGUGGAGUGCGGAGAUCGCUUUCAUUCUCGAGAGGAGAUGGCUCUCGUGGGUCUCCAUUGUCAAUUACAGGGAGGGAUCGACUAUUUCAGAUCAACCCACACUAACAGCGUUGGAAAUCGGCUUCUGAUUGCUGUCAGUAUUGUGAGUUCCGGGGGUUACAAGGACAAUGAAUGUGAUACUGACGGCGAUACUCUGAUAUACAGUGGGGCCGGUGGGGUUAGAAACUUGUCUCGGAUGACAAAUUUUUCGGCAGAGUGUCGCGAUCAGAGGAUGGAGCGGGGAAAUUUAGCUCUGAAAAACUCCUGCGAUCUUCAGAUUCCAGUCCGAGUGAUAUAUGGCAGCAAUGGGUCGAGCCCCAGGAAAAGCAAAUUGUAUAAGGAAUAUCUCUACUCUGGGCUCUAUAAUGUGAUCAAUUACUGCGAAGAUACAGGUUUGGCUGGUACUAAAGUUUAUAAGUUCACCCUGACCACACAAAAUAUGAUCUUGCGCUAUAAUUUCUAA